UUAGAUCCAAACUACUAAGCUUUACCCAAGAUCCACUUUCAAUAUCCACUCAAGUAGGUAAAUACCGCCAUUGCCAACAAUCUGUAUUAUAGGGCAACCGCACCUGCAGACAAUGUGUGGAUAACUUCAACAGUCGCUGCCUGUUUGAGAAAAAGAUAUCACAACAAACGGUAAACAAGAAUAUCGAACCCAAACCCAUAUCUCCAUUUUUGGGUAAAACAGGCGACGUUGUCGUAGACACGAUUUCUCCGGCCACAAAUGGGUGUUGACGAGAAUAAAGCAGAGACUGAAUUGAAAAUUUGGAGUCUAUGUAGACGGCCGUUUUGGCUAUCGAGAAGUGGUGGUACUUCUUCUACUACAAUUUCUUCUGGUUCUGCGAGUCGGAAUGUGUAUCAACAAACCCAAAGUCAGCAGCUUGGAGAGACAUCCAGUGUGAAUUCUGUUAAUACGGUGUCGCUGGUUGCGAAGUCUCUGCUGCCUACUAGAAGGAGACUCAAGCUUGAUCCCCCUCAGAAGCUCUACUUUCCCUAUGAACCUGGUAAACAGGCCAGGAGCGCAAUUGGCAUUAAAAACACUUCUAAGUCUCAUGUAGCUUUCAAGUUUCAAACAACUGCACCAAAGAGUUGUUACAUGCGUCCUCCAGGAGGUAUACUUGCUCCUGGAGAAAGUAUUGUUGCUACAGUAUUCAAGUUUGUGGAGCCUCCAGAGAGUGAUGAGAAACCAGUAGAACAAAAGAGCAAGGUUAAAUUCAAGAUCAUGAGCUUAAAAGUGAAAGGCGAAAUGGAAUAUGUUCCAGAACUGUUUGAUGAGCAAAAAGAUCAAGUUGCGGUGGAACAGAUAUUACGGGUUGUUUUUCUUGAUCCAGAACGUCCUAGCCCCGCAUUGGAGAAACUUAAACACCAGCUGGCAGAGGCUGAGGCUGCUCUUGGGUCGAAGAAGAAGCCUCCUGAAGACACAGGGCCACGGAUUGUUGGGGAAGGCCUUGUUAUUGAUGAAUGGAAAGAACGGAGAGAAAGGUACCUGGCUCGGCAGCAGGUUGAAGGUCUCAUUGUCGAUUCUGUGUAAACCGAUACCUUCUGCUGAAAAAAUGCUCUUUAAUUCGUUGUCUUCAGCCAAAAGCUUCCUCCAUGUGAGGUCAAAGAGGAGGGUGUGUUUCCGAGAACAGCACUUGGAAAGGUAAAAUGGAAGCAUGUUGCUGUGAUUUGAGUAUAUUUGGUUUUAAAAACUGGCAUUUGAUUCAAGACUCGAGCCUAAUUGCUUGUAGAUAGAGGGAUUUGAUUAGCCAGGAAAUUCAGUUUUGGCAUGCGAGUUGUUUCAUUUGUGUUGAUGUUGUAUGCUGUAACUACCCAUUUGUUAUGCGGAAAUCGCCUAAUUUCAGAAAUAUAUUCAUGGUGGAAUACUUAUUUAUGGAAAAGGAAUGGAUUUUAUGAUCA